GUUGGUGUGUUGAGGAUGUUUCCCUUUCAAAAUAGCAACAAUAAAUCAAUAAAUAUAAGUGAAAUUGUAGAAUUUUCUUCGACUGUGAAGUGUUGUAUCACACCACACUUCUGUUAGGAACCAAAAUGUCAAUCCUGGAGUACUCUUCGAGGUUCAUCAUUGAUUUGAAAGGUUCACCAACAAACAUCCGUUGCAAAAAAUGCCUAUAUUUCACAUCAUCAACGUUCUCCCUGCUCAACCACGUCAAACGCCACCGGACAGCCCUACCCCCUUUCGACUGCACCACAGCAAUCGAAACCUACUAUUGCAGGGAUUGCCGUUUCCAAACAGGCUUAACCAUUCUCUUCAAACAACACAUUAGCGAACAUAAGCUCAAACGACCAUUGAGAGAGUGGUAUGAAUGUGAUAAGUGUCCGUACAAAGCCAAGCUAAGGUCGAGUUUGAAUAGACACCUGAAUGCGCGACAUUUGGACGACAAGUAUGUUAAGUGGUUCAAGUGCAGCAAAUGUCCAUACCAAGCUAAAUACCGGACUAACUUGAAAAGUCACGUAAAUGCACGCCACUUGGAAGAAAAAGAUAUUAAAUGGUAUGAAUGUCAAAAGUGCCCGUAUAAAACCAAAAGAAAUUCUAAUUUAAAACAGCAUGUAAUCACCCAUCAUUUGAAUGAGCGGGAUAUCAAGUGGUUUAAAUGUGAUAAGUGCGAUUUUAAAGUUGAACAGAAGGGGAAUUUGGAGCAGCACACAGCGACGUGUCAUUUGGAUGAGCCCAUUAUAAAAAAAUUGGUCUAAAGAGUUUAGACAGUACUUCCCUCGCUGUCGGAAACUUGACGACUGCAUGCCUAUUGUGUUUUUUUUCUCAUUACAUUUUUGUAGUGGGAAUUUAAAAAAAAAUUGCGAUGACGUCAUCAACAUUUUUGCAAGGACACGUAUAUCAGUUGGGAUAGAUGUAG